AUGACUGUGGUGUCUGCAGUUGCUGCUGCAGAGCGUGUCAGAGCGUGUGUCAGAGCAGCGUAUAUCAGAGCGUGUGUCAGAGCGUGUGUCGGAGCGUAUAUCAGAGCGUGUAUCAGAGCGUGUGUCAGAGCGUGUGUCAGAGCGUGUGUCAGAGCAGCGUGUGUCAGAGCGUGUGUCGGAGCGUAUAUCAGAGCGUGUAUCAGAGCGUGUGUCAGAGCGUGUGUCAGAGCGUGUGUCAGAGCAGCGUGUGUCAGAGCGUGUGUCAGAGCGUGUGUCAGAGCGUAUGUCAGAGCGUGUGUCAGAGCGUAUGUCAGAGCGUGUGUCAGAGCGUGUGUCAGAGCGUGUAUCAGAGCGUGUGUCAGAGCGUGUGUCAGAGCGUGUGUCAGAGCAGCGUGUGUCAGAGCGUGUGUCAGAGCGUGUGUCAGAGCGUGUGUCAGAGCGUAUGUCAGAGCGUGUGUCAGAGCGUAUGUCAGAGCGUGUGUCAGAGCGUAUGUCGCACUUCAGACUGUUCUUAUGCUGACUUUGACCAAAUUUAAACGACUCAGGACAACAUGUAAAGAGAAUGACUCACAAUCAAGUGAUGAAACGCGAGACGGAGAAGAUGUAAGUGAAGAUAUAGAAGAUGACCCAGAAGACGAGGAAAGAGAAGAUGACAGAGAUGACGAUGGAGUUGAGGAAUUCUGA